CGCGGGGAGUCGUGUAGGCGUAGCGAUAAUCGUUGCGUGCGAGGAGUACCUCGCUGCCGCUGGUGGUCGUUGUUCGAUCUGUGCCUUUGUUAUCACAGACAUUUCAAGCCCUGAAUUAAGGUUAGCCUUGCGUUGACUGCUGAAGAGCAUUGCAACCUCGUACACCUGGCUUGAAUUCGGACAGAGAUGGAGCGCGCUGCCUCCGCUCAGGUGGACGGAGUGGCCACCCAGGUGGACGUGGUGGACAGUCACAUGGAGACGGUGGACAGCGUACCAAUCGACGCGGAGGUGGCGCCGUCAGCGGCUGGCUGCGGCGAUGCCGCCGAUGCCGGCAUGUUCGGAUUCGGCCGUUCGCAGCCUAUCGCUGUAGCGCGCGCCCCGACCUCCAAGGACUCGUUCCUGUACAACAUGGAGCACGUGCGGCGGGGUCGGGCCGUCAUCUUCAACCACCGUGACUUCCACCCGGAGCAGCAGAUGAAGAUGCGGAACGGCACGGACGUGGACCGCGACGCGCUGGCGGGGGUCCUGCGCGACCUCGACUUCGAAGUCACCGUGUACAACGACCUGCGCAAGUCGGAGCUGUUCGCCGUGCUGGACAAACUGUCCACCGAGGACCACAACGACGCCGACUGCAUAGUGGUCUGCUUCCUCUCCCACGGCGACAGUGGCGUGCUCUACACCUACGACGAGAUCCUCAAGUCGGACCAGCUCUGGGCCCGCUUCACCGCCGACCGCUGCCCGUCGCUGGCCGGCAAACCCAAGAUCUUUUUCGUUCAGGCGUGCCAAGGGGACCAGCUGGACGGUGGCACGACGCUGGUGCCGCGCCGCACCGCCACCGACGGCGACGUGGUCUCCUACAAGAUCCCGACCCACGCCGACUUUCUGCUGUGCUUCUCCACCGUGCCCGGGUACUACUCGUGGCGCAACACCACCAACGGCUCGUGGUUCGUGCAGGCGCUGGCCGCCUGCCUGCGCCAGUACGGCCGCACCACCGACCUGCUUACCGUGAUGACCCGCGUCAACCGCAUGGUGGCCACCGACUUCCAGUCCAACUGCCCCGGCGAUCCCGGCAUGCACCAGCGCAAGCAGAUCCCCUGCAUCAGCUCCAUGCUGACCCGAGACGUCAUCUUCAGCGCCAAGACGGGCCGGCGCUAAGAGGCGUGCCGGAGGCUCUGGCCGCCGAGCCGACAGGGCGGGUCAGCUGUGCCGGCCGAGCGGGUCAGCUGUGCCGACACAGCGGGUCAGCUGUGCCGACACAGCGGGCCGCCGAGCCGACACAGCGUGUCGGCGGUACUGGCAGAGCGGGCCAGCUGUGCCGGCCGAGCGGGUCAGCUGUGCCGGCCGAGCGGGUCAGCUGUGUCGG